AUGACCGCCGAAACUUACGGACACCGACUCAUCUACGAGAAAGACAUGUUCGCGUCUGACGUGAUGUUGGAGUACUCCACUGAGGAGUGCUACUUGUCCUGGCCGAGGUCGCCUGACUCGGGCAGGUCCAGCCUUGAGCCGACACCUUCUAUUGACGGCAGCAUCAACCAGGAUUCAUCACACAUCGCCUACAGAGGAUUGUCGCGAGAUGUUUUGGAAGACAGUGCUGAAGAUAAUGAAGUUCUGGAGUCGGGGAAGAGGCGUGGACGAGCUACUAGUGCUGCAGUGUUGAGGAGGAGACGUCUAGCAGCCAAUGCUAGGGAAAGGAGGAGGAUGCAGAAUUUGAAUAAGGCCUUCGACAGACUCCGAGGCCAUCUCCCUUCGCUGGGCGCUGACCGUCAGCUCUCCAAGUACGAGACGCUUCAAAUGGCACAAACGUACAUCUCCGCACUAUAUGAACUGCUGCACCCUCUUUAG